AUGGACGCGGUCAUCCACUACCACCAAGAUGCUGGUAAUCAAGAGGGUUCGGUAGCAACCGAUAAUAAAAGAACAAAAUCCGUAAUGACAGUAUUUCUUGAUUCCAUUGGUGCCCAAGAAUUUUUUUCAUCUGAGAUGUGGAGGGCAACAUUUACUGAGCUAGUAGCAACAUCUUGCUUGUUAUUCACACUAAACAUUUCCAUAGUCUCAUCCUUCGAAUCAACCACUGCUGAACCCAAGUUUCUAAUUCCAUUUGCAAUCUUCACUAUUGCCUUCUUCUUCCUGUUGACUGCGGUCCCUUUAUCUGGGGGUCACAUGAGUCCGGUUUUCACAUUCAUUGCUGCCCUUAAAGGUGUUAUAACUCCUGUCCGUGCCUCAUUUUAUGCGAUGGCACAAUGUGUAGGCUCAAUUGUGGCUUAUCUAGUAGUCAAGAGUGUAAUGGGAAAAAACGUAGAAGAAAAAUAUUCCUUAGGAGAUUGCAUGAUUGAUGGAAAUUGGGAAUUGAAAAGCCCAGGAAUUGAAUUUCUAUUAGAAUUUUCAUGCACAUUUGUUGUGCUAUUUGUUGGUGUAACAGUGGCAUUUGACAAGAGAAGGUGCAAAGAGCUAGGCUUACCUUUGGUAUGUGGUAUAUUGGCAGGGGCAAUUGCCCUUGCUUCUUUUGUGUCCAUCUUUGUAACUGGAAGAGCUGGAUAUGCUGGUGUGGGAUUGAACCCUGCAAGGUGCUUAGGGCCAGCAUUAUUGAAAGGAGGCCAAUUAUGGUAUGGCCUUUGGGUUUUCUGGAUGGGGCCUUUUGUUGCUUGUAUUGCUUAUCAUGAUUUUACUUUGACCUUGCCUAGGGAGGGCAUGGUGCGACGGAGUUCGAAUCAUAAUAAAAAGGAGGAGGAGGAGGAGCAUAUAAAUACCCGUAAACAACAAGCCAAUCCUCUCAAAUUGGAUGGGCUUAUAGAGAGAGAGAGAGUUCAAAGAGGGAGUCAUAAAAAACAUAGAAGAAAAAGAUGGCUGGACAUGCAGGGGCUAUUCCGGAUGAAGAAACCCUCUACAGUGGAAAUAGAAUCCAAGCCUGUGCCACCAAACCAAUGCAUGUGCCCAACUUCAUAUUAUCAUUUUUCCCUCACUUUAAGUUUGGCAGAGAUGAUUAAAAAUGAGGAAGGGAAGAAUCAAGUUACAUCGAGGGAAAUAUUGGGUUUCGAAGAUCUUUUCUCUUUGACGGUCUGGAGAGCAUCAGUGGCAGAGCUCUUGGGCACAGCUGUUCUUGUUUUUGCUUUGGACACCAUAGUGAUUUCCACUAUAGAGACUCAGACAAAAAUGCCCAACUUGAUACUAUCUUGCCUUGCUGCCAUCAUCAUCACAAUUCUCCUACUUGCUACCUUUCCCAUUUCCGGUGGCCACAUUAACCCUAUCAUCACCUUCGCUGCCUUCCUGACUGGCCUCAUUUCCCUUUCGAAAACUUUUAUCUACAUUUUGGCCCAGUGUCUAGGUGCCAUUUUUGGUGCACUAGCGCUAAAAGCUGUGGUCAACAGUGAAAUUGAAAAAACCUUCUCUCUUGGAGGUUGUACCCUUUCAAUUGUUGCACCAGGGCCACAUGGGCCGACUGUGAUCGGCCUGGAGACAAGCCAGGCCCUUUGGCUGGAGAUAAUUUGUGGGUUUAUCUUUCUUUUCGCUUCAGUGUGGAUGGCCUUCGAUCAUCGUCAAGCCAAGGGUUUAGGCCGAGUUACUGUUUUCGUCAUCAUCGGAAUAGUCUUGGGCCUCCUCGUGUUUAUUUCCACAACUGUCACUGCUACGAAAGGUUAUGCAGGGGCAGGGCUGAACCCAGCUAGGUGUUUGGGUCCAGCAAUUGUUAGAGGAGGCCAUCUUUGGAACGGACACUGGGUGUUUUGGGUUGGACCAGCUAUUGCUUGCGUGGCAUUCGCCAUGUACACGAAGAUCAUUCCACGAGAACUUUCCCACAACGUAGAGUAG